AUGGCUGCUUGGAAGAGGUUGGAGGCUUCUGUGGUGGCCUGGCGCAAGACUACCGUCGAAGCUGGGCUAGGAAGAUCGAAAUUCCUGGUGUCUGACUGGACGAGCGAUGCCUUUACUUCCAAGACCAUCUCCUCAGCCUUAUUCAUGUUCUUCGCCACGUUCACAUCCACCUUGGCUCUUGGGGAGCACAUCACGGAGUCCACCAAUGGCUUGAUUGGCCUUAACGAAUACCUCAUGAUGAACAGCCUCGCUGGCAUGGCUCACUCGGUUUUGGGGUGUCAGCCGCUUCUUGUCCUCCGUCCAACGGGGCCCAUCACGCUUCUUUUCGAGAAGCUGCUAGACUUCGCGAACCAGCACUCUUUGCCUUUCUGGCCAUUCUUCGCCUGGACUGGCCUUUUUGUUGGUCUGCUCAUGUUCCUCAUCUCGGCGUUCGAGCUCUGCAAGCACGUGAGGCACCUCUCUCUUUUCACGGAGAACAUCUUCGCCACCUUCAUCGGAAUGGUCUAUAUCAACGACGGUAUUCAGGGAAUGAUCCGGCUUUGGGGAGAGGGCACGCAGGUCUCCUAUGGCAGUUCGGCUGCAGCGUCGAAGCUGCUCACACUUAACAUGACCAUCGGCUUCACAGCCCUUACUUUGUGGCUAAGCACGCUCCAAUCCUCCAAGCUCCUCACGUUCAAGGGCCGGAUGUUUCUCAAGGACUAUGCGCUCACCAUCAGCCUAUUCGUGUCGAUCUUCGCAGCGCGAUAUCUGAACCAGGGCCUGUUCCCCGUGACAUUUAUCGACACUAAAACAAGCGGCUUCAACACCACCAGCGACCGACCGUGGAAUACGGACCUCACUGCUAUCUCUGGGAGGGGAGUGCUUUGUGCUGCACUGGCAGCCUUCCCGGUGGUGGUGUUCUUCUACCUUGACCAAAACAUCUCCAGCAGCCUCUGCCAGAAGCCGGAAAUGAAGCUGAGUAAGGGCAGCUACUACCACUCCUCGUUCGCAUGCAUGGCCUUCUUCAACACUGUCGGGCCGCUCUUCGGGCUGCCCUUCGUGACUGGCUCCUUGCCCCAUUCACCCCAGUUUGUGCUGUCAUUGGCCGAGACCGAUGAGGAGCAUCGCAUCACGAGAGUCCGCGAGAAUCGCUUGGCGCCCCUCCUCUGCUACUUUCUCAUUGGCUUGCCUCUUCUGGCGCCUUCCUUGCUAGAGCAUGUGCCGAAAGCCGCGGUCUUUGGCACCCUGAUCUUUGUUGGAAUCGACGGCAUCCAGAGCACACAGCUAUACGAGCGGGUUUUACUGAUGGUGACAGACCCGCGCUUCUUUCCCAAGACCGGGCCAUUCGCCAACGUACCGCUUUCCAGCCUGCACCUCUACACUCUGAUUCAGAUUGCAUUAGUCGCCGCCUGCUGGAUGGUGAAUGCCGACUUUGGGCUCUACUUCCCACUCUUCUUCAUCAGCCUGGUACCAGUGCGCUGGUUCGUGGUGCCGUACUUGUUCACCAAACAGGUCCUCGACGAUUUGGACCAUGGCUUGGACGUAAAGGAGGAAGACGCCAAAGGUACAUGUGCCGCUUACGGGUGCACGAGCAGCUACAAGCCAGAAUCGCGCUGCCAGUGCAAUAGCCAGUGCGCGGACUUUGGCAACUGCUGUGAUGACUACGUGGCCACCUGCACCGCGUCCACAACAAGCUCCAGCUCGGAGGCAACUGCACCAGCCACGCCGGCCACAUCGGCUCCAUCUGUCUCACCAGGUCCACCUGAGCGCUCUUCUCGAUACAGGCUGAAGUGGUCCGCGCAGGGUGAGAGCUUCUUCGACAACUGGAACUUCCUUUGGGAAGACCACAACCAUGGCUCAGCUCAGUACCUUUUGGAACCAGAAGCAAAGGAAGAAAGCGUAAUUGAGGCCACCCGCAACUUCGCAAUCAUCCGUGCUGGUCGGAGGAGUCCAAAGUACAAGUACAAGCGUAUGACGACCCGAAUGGAAUCCAAGCGAAGCUGGAAGUAUUUCCUGACGCUGAUCAAGUUCUCCCACGUGCCUUAUGGCUGUGGAGUGUGGCCUGCAUUAUUCACGUUGGCACCUAAUGUGCCGUGGCCAAACGGUGGCGAGCUCGACAUCCUGGAAUACGUGAACAUGGAUGUCUCCAAGGCAUCCUUCCACACCGGCGGCGAGUGCAAGCUGAGUGCGGAGAAAGUGAAUAAAUAUGGGCCCAUGCCAGACAGGAACAACAUGGACUACGACUGCGUCACCGACUAUCCGGACAGGUUGGGCUGUGCUCCGAACAAGUGGAUGAAGUCCGGUACCGAGUGGGCCCACAGCCCAGGCAUCCUGGCGACCCAGUGGACGGAGUCCUUCCUUAAGAUCUUCUAUAUCCCUGAGCAUGAGAUUCCGCAGGACAUCCUGGCAGACAACCCAAGCCCAGACAAGACCUGGGAUGAUCGCUGGCUGUUCUCGUAUUACCCCUUCACUGGGACGAAGUGCAUCUUCGAGGAGCAGAAACUGAUGAUGCAGAUCAACUUUUGUGGCGACUGGGCCGGCAAGGUGUGGGGUGCGGACGGGAAUUGCAACUGGCGGGUGCCUAACUGCCGGGCGGUGGAUCCAUUGGCGGAGUAUGCACCGGACCAGGACUGCUGCACCCAGUGGAUCUGGGACGAGAACGACAGGUUUGGCACGGAGACGUACCUGAAAGAGCGAGCUUUCUUCAACAUUUCUUACAUCAAGGUGUUCCAGUGA